UCGCGAUCCCCCCUCCCUUCCAGGGACGCCCCCCCUCCACAAAUCCCCCUCUUUUGGGGGGGUGGGGGGAGGACCGUCCCCCUCCCCCGCCGCGAAGAUGAACCGGACGAAGCCCGCGGCCGCGCGCCGCCCCAGCGCCGCCGCCAAGCCCUCCGGCCACCCUCCUCCGGGGGACUUCAUCGCUUUGGGCUCCAAAGGCCAGGUGGGAGAGUCCAAGGCGGCCGCCACCUUGCUCAAGCCGACAUCGUCCGGGUUGCCCUCCGAGCGGAAGCGCGAGGCGGCGACGUCCGCCUUGUCCAGCACCUCCGGGCUGGCCAAGCGCCCUAAACUUUCCUCCACACCCCCUCUCAGCGCCCUGGGACGUUUGGCCGAGGCCGCCGUGGCUGAGAAGCGAGCCAUUUCGCCUUCCAUCAAAGAACCGUCGGUCAUUCCUAUCGAAGUGGCCCCCAACGCUCUGCUGGAUGAGAUCGAGGCCGCCGAAGCUGAAGGCAACGAUGACCGCAUCGAAGGGGUGUUAUGCGGAGCCGUGAAGCAGCUGAAAAUGAAUCGAGCCAAGCCUGACAUCACCCUCUACCUGACCUUGAUGUACCUGGCGAAAAUCAAGCCAAAUAUCUUCGCCACAGAAGGCGUGAUUGAGGCGCUGUGCAGCCUUCUCCGCCGAGAUGCCUCCAUCAACUUCAAAGCCAAAGGGAACAGCCUGGUGUCCGUCUUGGCCUGCAACCUUCUCAUGGCGGCUUAUGAGGAAGACGAAAACUGGCCUGAGAUAUUUGUCAAGGUUUACAUGGAGGAUUCGCUGGGGGAACGGAUCUGGGUGGACAGCCCUCACUGCAAGACCUUCGUGGAAAACAUCCAGACGGCUUUUGGCACCAAGAUGCCCCCUAAAAGUAUUUUGUCGCACGGAGAGGUUGGACGCGGUGGAGGAGACCUCAGUGCUGGAAACAGCCCCCAUCCUUCUGUUCCAGAGGAAGAAGACAGUCAGAGUGAACUGUUGAUAGCCGAGGACAAAAUGAGCCCUGAGCAGGAAGCCCACCUGAUGCCCAGGUAUGACGACCUUGCCGAGAGCGUGGAGGAAUACGUUCUGGACAUGUUGCGGGACCAGCUCAACAGACGCCAGCCGAUGGACAACGUCUCCCGGAAUCUGUUGCGCCUUCUGACCGCCACCUGUGGCUAUAAGGAGAUACGGCAGAUGGCUGUGCAGAGGCUGGAAAUGUGGCUGCAGAACCCCAAG